ACACACACACACACACACACACAAGCGCGCGAGUGCAACGGCGCGCUCACACAGAGCCAGGGCUCGUGGGCACUUUGUAACCGUGUGUGUGUGUGUGUGCGUGUGUGUGUGUGUGUAAUUGUGAGGGAAAUGGUUCCACGCAGAACCUGCAGUAGAUCCGUUCCACUUUUCUCCACCUUCUCACGCUCUGAGUUCGGCGGUAAAGCGGUUUGGGUCGCAGUUGUGUAACGUGACAGCAGGAAGCGACACCAGAGACGAGAUGUUUACCCUGACUGAAGUGGCGUCUCUUAAUGACAUCCAGCCCACGUAUCGAAUACUGAAGCCAUGGUGGGAUGUCUUCAUGGAUUAUCUGGGUUUCGUCAUGCUGAUGUUAGCCAUCUUUGCUGGAACGAUGCAGUUAACCAAAGAUCACAUGGCCUGUCUUCCCAUUCUAAAGGACAGCAAUAAGGCAUCAAACACAAACUCGUACACAACACCUCAGCCAGUGGACAGCUCCACAUCAGCUUUAGGAACUGCACCUGUAGCCACUCGGGAUCUUCCGGACAAUGCAGCGAAUGAAAUCAGCAUCAGCGCUGAGCCUCAACCCAAAGGACACAAAACAAAUUUGGACUUUCAGCAGUACAUUUUUGUCAACCAGAUGUGUUACCAUGUUGCCUUGCCCUGGUACUCAAAGUACUUUCCUUACCUUGUCCUGAUACACACCAUUGUGUUGAUGGUAAGCAGCAACUUUUGGUUCAAAUACCCAAAGACCAGCUCAAAGAUCGAGCACUUCGUGUCCAUCCUCGGCAGGUGCUUUGAAUCGCCCUGGACCACAAAGGCGCUGUCUGAAACUGCAUGCGAAGACUCUGAAGAAAACAAGCAGAGACUUAUUGCUGGUCAGUCUGGUCCUAAGUCACUGUACUCAGAUACUCAAGAGGACAGCACCAGUUCAUCCCAUCCAAUGUUAGGAAACAACAGUGUGAAGUUCUCCGCUGAGAAGAUUGUUCCUGAAGGUCCAAGUAUGACCAUUUUGGACAAAAAAGAUGGUGAGCAAGCCAAGGCACUUUUCGAGAAGGUUCGGACUUUCCGAGCACAUGUUGAGGACAGCGACUUCAUCUACAAACUCUAUGUGGUGCAGACUUCCAUCAAAGCACUCAAGCUGAUCGUUAUCCUGGGUUACACAUCAACUUUUGCUGCAGAAAUCAAUUUCUGUCAUAUAUGUGAACCCAAAAUCGAGGACCUAACCGGAUAUGAUAGAUUUUUCUGUACCCACAAUAUGGCCUUCAUGCUAAGAAAGCUCCUUUUCACUUUCAUGGCUAUAAUCGGACUUUAUUGCCUCAUCUGCCUGUAUGCACUUUUCUGGCUUUUCCGACGUUCGCUCAAGGAAUACUCAUUUGAAAAAGUCAGAGAGGAAAGCAGCUUCAGCGACAUCCCUGAUGUAAAAAACGACUUUGCCUUCCUCCUCCAUAUGGUCGACCAGUAUGACCAGUUACACUCCAAGCGAUUUGGGAUUUUUCUAUCAGAGGUCAGUGAGAACAAGCUUCGAGAAAUUAGCCUCAAUCACGAAUGGACACUAGAGAAACUGCGUCAGCAUGUAACCUGCAAUGCCCAAGACAAGCAGGAGUUGCACUUGUUCAUGCUCUCAGGAUUGCCCAAUGCUGUAUUCGAUCUCAGCGAGCUUGAAGUCCUUAAGCUAGAACUCAUCCCUGAGGUCCGGAUUUCAGCCAAGGUUUCCCAGAUGACCAAUUUACAAGAACUUCAUCUCUAUAACUGUCCUGCCAAGGUGGAACAAACCGGUUUCACUUUCCUCCGAGAUCACCUCCGGUGCCUUCAUGUAAAGUUUACCGAUGUGACAGAAAUCCCUCCAUGGGUUUAUCUGUUGAGGAGCCUCAGGGAACUGUACCUGAUUGGUAGCUUAAACUCGGAACACAAUAAAAUGAUUGGUUUGGAAUCCCUGAAAGAUUUAAGGCACCUAAAGACAUUAUAUUUCAAAAGCAACCUCAACAAAAUACCCAACAACCUCACAGAUCUCUCUCCACACCUCAUCAAGCUGGUGGUGCACAAUGAUGGGACUAAAUUGCUGGUACUGAGCAGUCUUAAGAAGAUGACGAGCUUGCGUGAGCUGGAGCUCCAUCACUGUGACCUGGAGAGGAUCCCUCAUGCCAUUUUCAGCUUGACAAACCUGCAAGAAUUGGAUCUGAAAUCCAACAGCUUCCGGACCAUCGAAGAAGUCAUCAGCUUUCAGCACCUGAAGAGACUGACGUGCCUCAAAUUGUGGCACAACAAGAUCAUCGAUAUUCCACCAAACAUAAAUCAGGUGAAGAACCUUGAGUCACUCUACCUCUCCUACAACAAGCUGGAGACUCUUCCAGCCGCACUGUUUUACCUGCCCAAACUCAGGUACCUGGAUCUCGGCUACAACUCCAUUUCAUCUAUUCCAGUCGAAGUGGGACUUCUCCAGAACCUACAGCACUUUGAUAUCACAGGGAAUAAGGUGGAGGUUCUUCCCAAACAGCUGUUCAGAUGUACCAAACUGAAAGUCCUCUGCGUGGGCAACAACAGCAUCACCGUCCUUCCUGAAUCAAUCGGACAGUUAACGCAACUACUUCAACUGGACGUGAAAGGGAACUGCUUGGAUCACCUUCCGUACCAACUCAGUCAAUGUCGGCAUCUCAAUAAAAGCUUAUUCAGUGUGGAGGAUCACCUUUUUGACAUGCUUCCGAUUGAGGUAAAAGAGAGUAUGACAGAGGCGCCAACAUUUACAGUGUAGAUUAUUCAUUUCCUGACCCCUUGUUACUCCCUUGCUAAAGUUGUUUUGAUUUUAUCUAAAGCAGUGUUUUCACUAAACGUUUAUAAAACUCAGCAGGCAGAGAAUCGAAUUCACUGAAGGGGAAAGGACACAAGGUGUAAAAGAGGCAUGCUUCCCUUGCUUCUGGUUAUUAAUUCUUCUUACAGACUUUCUCUCGAAAUAGAUAAUAAAUGCAUGGGACUGUGGGUUUAUUUAUUUGUUUAAAAAAGCAGUGGCUUUGCACAUAUCUGAAAAUCAGAAAAAACUUCACAUCCAUCACAUGCCAUCACAUCCUCCACCAUGCACCAUGUGAGGUUUUGUUUUCUCCAAUGGCUAGAAUUCUUUUUUUGUUGGCAUCUCUGACACUACCAAGAUACUGAAGAUUGAUGAUAAAUGAGAUCCAUAUCCCACACUUGCUGAUGUUAAAAUUGUAUAGUUUCUACCAGGUGACUAACCGAAUAUCGACUCCUGUCUUGUUGAAGCCAGUUUACUUUACUUGCUGCACACAGAGGAAUUGAAUCUGAAGUUGGCUGGUGAUGGUCAGCACUUCCUGUGAAUUCUGCAUUGAAAAUGUCUUAUCUCACCAAUCUGUUUUAUUAUUAUUAUUUUUUAUAUAUAUAGAAGUAUUUUUCUUUACAAAGUACUUCAGUGAAAAAUCAAAUGUACACAAUUUUAUAAGUAAAUAAUUCACUCCGCCUAUCACCACACCCUCUUAUUGUUUUAUUGUAACAGCAGCACACAGCUCUUUAUAUCUUACUUAAAAACAUCAAACAGUUUGGCACCCAAAUAAGUUCCCAUGAUAAUAAUAAUAAUAACAAUAAUAAUAAUAAUAACAAAUGAUACAAAAUAUAUCUGCAUUUGGGAUGAAGUAAAGAAUUGUGUAUGUUUAGAUUUUUCGCUAAAAUGCUGCUUUAAAUUGUUUAUCAGUCCUUCCAGGAUUUUAAUGAGUUUUUUGUGAGUGUUGCAGCCAAAAGAGCUUGAUUUUGUGGCUUUUUUAAAAAAGAUUCCUAAUUUUUUUUGUGCUUUUAUUGUGUGUAAAUCUACUUGAUUUGGUAAAAUCACAAGCACAGGUUUCUUCUUUUAAUAAACAUCUGUAAUGACUGUUUAUAAGAGCUGUAUUCAUGUCCACACACCUGAACAGAAGAGGGUCUCGACCCGAAUCUGAGGAAAAUCUGUCAUUUUGAUAAAAAUCACAAUAUUUUGUGUUAAAUUGUGCGAUGAUAAAAUGGUGCAGUUCUGAUUAAGGAUUAUUGUACAUGUUGAACCUGCCAUGUUAGAAUGAUUUGUGAAUUAAAAUCUAAGUGCAGUGCUUUUUACAACUUUU